AUGUGGAAUCCAAACUUAAAUAACAGGCAAAUGGAAAAGCGCGUGGUAGUAGGGCGAGUACGGCCAACUUGGGCUAGGAACCUUCCAGAAACAAGAGAAGAUGACGACAAGAGUGAACAGGAGGGUGUCAUGCCUCACAGCGAUCCUCCCUCGCCCACUGAACAAUGGGAACAACAAGGAAAACAGGAGGAGAAAUAUGAUGUUUUUGGGAAGGUAAUGCUGCUCGGAGAUAGCGGUGUCGGAAAGACAUGCAUGCUCGUUCGCUUUCGGGACGGCACCUUCCUUGCCGGCAAUUACAUUUCCACCGUUGGAAUUGACUUCCGGAAUAAAGUAGUGACUGUGGAUGGUAUAAAGGUGAAGCUUCAAAUCUGGGACACCGCCGGACAAGAGCGCUUUCGUAGCGUAACACACGCAUACUACAGAGACGCACAUGCUCUCCUGCUUCUAUACGAUGUCACUAAUAAAACUAGUUUUGACAACAUACGAGCCUGGCUUGGUGAAAUACGUGAAUAUGCUCAAGACGACGUCGUCAUCAUGCUACUAGGAAACAAGUCGGACAGCGGGCUAGAGAGGGCCGUGAGGAGGGAGGAGGGGCAGCGUUUGGCGAGAGAGUACCAAGUCGCGUUCAUGGAAACGUCAGCGAAAACCGGCCUCAACGUCGAGGCCGCGUUCGCUCACGUAGCACGCGCUCUCGUCGCGAAAGCUAAUCCCGUCGACCCCUCGAGACUGGCCGUGCGCGCGCAACCGUCACAAGAGCAACGCUCCUCAUGUCCGCCAUGUUCG